AUGGCAACCAGCGAUGUGUCGACAUGGGACGGCUGGAGCACAUCACAGUUAAAGAUCAUCCUUCUUGGUGGGAGAAACUCUAGUAAGAGGUGUGUGGGGAACCUGAUCCUGGGCCAUGAGGAGUUUGUCACCAAAGAGAGGACCUCGUGCUCCCGCAGGCUUGGUGUGGUGGAGGGGAGGCGGCUCACUGUGGUGGACACCCCCGGCUGGUGGUGCGACUUCAGUGCUCGGGACACACCUGAGCUGGUGAAGAGGGAGAUUAUCAGCAGCGUGUCUCUGUGCUCACCGGGCCCACACGUAUUUCUGAUUGUCAUCAAGGCGAGCUCAGCCUUCUCGGAGAGGCGUCGCAGGGCUGUGGAGGAGCACGUGGGCCUGCUGGGUGAGCGCGUGUGGCGUCACUGCAUGGUGGUGUUUACCUGCGCUGACAGGUCUGAACACGCAGAGGCGUCACAGCUCGUACAGGCGGGGGGAGACGCCCUCUGCUGGCUCAGUGACAAGUGCAGUAGCAGGUGCCACAGCGUUGUCCUGGGCGAUGAUGCUGAAACCACCAAACUGCUGGAGAAGAUACAGGAAGCUGUGACAGAAAAUGGAAACAGAGCGUUUGAAAUGCAGGAAAAAGUUUUCCUUGCGGCUGCAGAGGAGAAGAGGCGAGUGGAGGAGAUGGCCGAGGAGAGGUUCAUGAGAGUGAAGAAACAAAGAGCUCUCAUGAGAGAGAGGCUACAGCCCCUUACUGAUAUUCGGAUUGUUCUAAUUGGAGCAAAGGGUUCUGGGAAAACUUCCACAAUUAACACCAUCCUGAAUAGAGAGAGUGCAAUGUCACGGAGGAGAACGGCCCAGUGCGUGGCCAGAACAGGGGUGGUGUUUGGGAGACAGGUGACUGUGGUGGACACACCAGGCUGGUGGAUGAACUACUUCAGCGAUGAGACCCCCGUGUUCGACCAGAGGGAGAUGGUGCUCAGCUUGUCCCUCUGCCCCCCGGGGCCUCACGUCUUCCUGCUGGUGAUCCGCGUGGACAGGGCCUUCACCGAGACCUACAGAAGGGCAGCCGAGGAGCACCUCCAGCUGAUCGACCGGCACAUUUGGAGCCGUGUCAUGGUGCUGUUUAGUUUCGGGGACUGGCUCGGUGACGCGACUACCGAGCAGUGCAUCGAGAGUGAGGGGAAGCCUCUGCAGUGGCUGGUGGAGAGAUGCGGCAACAGGUAUCACGUUCUGAAUAACACAACCAAAGGGGACGGGUAUCAAAUCCGAGAGCUGAUUGGGAAGAUUGAGGAGAUGUUGGCAGGAUGCAAUGCCUCCCAGCACUGUGAAAUAGAGAGGAGAGUGAUGGAGCAGCUGGAGGGGAGGAGAAGGAGAGAGGAGGAGAGAGCCAAGGAGAGACUGAAGAGGAAGGAGAAACAAAGGCAGAUGGCGAGGGCUCAGCUGGAGAAGCUGACCCCUCUUUUGGGGCUGAGAUUAGUGCUCCUCGGAGGCAGGCAAACAGGAAAAAGCUCCUGUGGCAACACUAUCCUGAGCAGAGAGUGCCUCCAAACAGAAAACCAAACCACUUCCUGCUCUGAACAACAAGCAAAAAUCAGCAGGAAGAUGGUGUCAGUGCUCGACACACCCGGCUGCUUCUCUGGGGCCGCCGACCUCCUGGUGCCAUCCUGUGCCAUCCUCCUGGUUGUCAAUGUGAGCUCCUCGUUUCGAGAUUCCCACAGGGAGGCCUUGGAGAAACAGCUGGAGGGAGGAGGAGGAGACCAGAUGUGGGGCAGAGCAUUGGUUCUGUUCAGCCAUGGGGACUGGCUGGGCGACACAUGCGUCGAGCAGCGCAUCGAGAGCGAAGGAGAGCCGCUGCAGAGGCUGGUGGAGAAGUGUGGGAACAGGUAUCACGUUCUGGACAAUAGACGUUGGAGGGAUGGAGCGCAGGUUCAGGAACUCAUUGAACUGAUAGAGGAGAUGCUCUCUGGUGAAAGGCUGGCUGCUCUCCACAGAGGCGACAAUCGCGUGUGGAAGAUUGUGUCUUCAGUUGGGCAACAGCAGCAGCCGAAGACCAAGAAUCUGUGUAAAAACGAUUUUACAAACUGCAGACAUCAGCUGACCAAUGGAUUGACUCCAACAGCCUGUAUGACUCAAACAUCAUCAAACAGCUCAGAUAAUGGUGGUCGCAUGUUGGCACUAGCACAAGGAAGAUCAGGAGGAAGGGCAGGACUUAAUACCCUGGAUAGAGAAACUUUCAGGUCCUGUUUGGCUUUUGUACUCUCUGGUGAAAAGGGACUGAGGUGGACUUUAAAUCUACCUGUCUGGUUCCCUACGGGUGAGCUUCAUUUGAGACUGAACAUUGAAAAGCAAGUGCGUCUGUUUUCCUCAAAGCGACCGACAAUGCUUCCUUUGUUACCUGAAAUGCAGCACAAGGUGCCUGCAGAGGACAAUGCCUUGAGUGCGUAUUCCCUCUUCCAUCCUUCACUGAGGGAGCAGACUCUCAGGAGGCUCGCUGAGUCCGGCAGUCUGCAGGCGCUGAUCGACCAGUGGGAUCAGCGGAGCAGCCUGGAGGAGCUGGAGGCCUUCAUCGAUGACUACUUCGAGAUGGUGUGGGAGAAAACCAUGGGGUCGUUUCAGCCACCGGAGCCUGAUCAGGAUGCUGCCACAGAGGAGACAGAAGGUGGGCAGGAGGACGUUCUCUCAUCCAUCGACAAGAAGCUCUCAAAGCUGGAGCUACUCGAGGAGAUCAGGGUGGAUAUGGCCGAGCUGAGGAGGAGUCUGGAGCUCAGCUGGAAGGCCAUACAGGACCUCAGGGAAAAAAUCAAAGAAGAUGAUAAUAAAAGUGUUCAUACAGGGGAAUCAAACAUGGAGUGAACUGCUCUCUCAUGAAGUCAAAUUUAAAAGGUGUGCAUUGGCAUUUGUAAAUGUCAGUAAACUCAAAUCUUAACUCUCUCAGUUUCUUUUUUAAGUCACACAGUAUGUUUUGUCAUAUUUAGUUGUUUAUGUUUUUGUUUUGUAUACACUCGGUGCAAAGACAAUACUGCAAGAGUGCCAGUAAGGAUUUAUUCACCCAUUCAAAAGUAAAAUAAAGAAAACCUUAUUCAAUCUCUCCACAAGGGGGAGCUCCUGUCUAGGAGUUAAUUUGGCCAGUGAAAUAUUAUGCGUCAGUGUGUGUGUUUUCUAGAUGAAAUAAAGUGUUAUGUGGUGAGAGCAGUUGAAACAUGUCACUCAGCUAAAAAGUCACAUUUUCAUAUCUUUUCAAAAACACACAUGUGUUAUUGUAUGUAUGUAGAAGUCAGUGUGUUAAUCCAUCUGGCAGGUAAAGUUAGAGCCUGUAUUUUACUUUGUAUUCUGGCUUUGCAUUCCAUUAAAUGUGAAGGUGUUUGAAAGUUUUAUUUCCAUGUUUUUGCAUCAAGAUUGAUCAAUAGAACAACUUCAUCGUGAGCUUUAGGAGAAACUUAAGCACAGGGGCAACUACAAUUUAUAGAGAUGGAGGAUGACUGCUGGGAUUCCUCCUGUUCAGACAUAAGAGCAUUACGGGGGUUGAGGUCAGGAUUGUUUGCAGACCAGGUCAAGUUGGAAUCUGCAAGAAAAGAAACAUUUGUCUAUGGGCCUCCCUGUAUGGAGGUCAUUGUCAUGUCAGGUCAAAAUCAAGGAUAACAAAUUCCCUUUGACUUUCUCUUAAACUUCUGACUCAAAAAAUGAUCUUUGAGAUAAGAAAUGAAGACAUCUUUGGAGCAUAAAUUACAGAUAUCUGAUGUAAGCAGUAGACAGAAACAAAGGGAAAAUAACAAUAUAGUGAGAAAUACAAUGACCAUAUCGAGAAUGAUUGUACAUCUAUGUGUAUAAUAUCAAUAUAGUACAAGAAAUAUGAAUAAAAAGUAAGAUGUUCAUACUUUAAAGAGCA